AUGUCGCGCGAAGUCCUGACUGUCGAGACGCCCCAUCCGGCCAUCCGCAUCGUCUACGACUUUGUCACGCCGCAGGAGGAGCUCUACCUCGUCCAAAAGAUCGAUGCAGUCGGCGGCGGACCAGCACUAGCAGCGGCGGACCAAGCGGCAGGCGAGGAGGGAGAAGGAGCGAGUCGAGGAGGAGAUGGUGGGACCUCGUCGGCGAGCGGCAACGACGAGGACCAGGCUGUCGACGCUGGACACUCCACGGUGGACCGGAGCGCGAAGAGCUGGGGCUGGAAGGAGCUGAACGGGAGGAGGUCGAUGUACUGGGGCGGAACCGUCCUCCCCAACUCGCACUCGCUCGUCCCGGCACCUUUCCCCGCCUUCAUGGACGGACAGUGGCCAGACGUGCUCGGCAGGAUCGCGGAGACGGGCGUGUUCGACGAGCUGAAGGCGGAAGGGGCGGAUUUGAAGGGGAAGGGCAAGGAGCGAGGGGCGAACCAUUGCCUGGUCAACGAAUACCUCCCCUCGCAAGGCAUCCUCCCUCAUACCGACGGACCCGCCUACCACCCCCUCACAGCCACCCUCUCCCUCUCCUCCCACACAAUCCUCUCCCUCCGCUCUCCUCCCUCCUGGCUCUCCUCCCCCUCUCCCUCCACCACCUCCGCAUCGCAAAAAGCCUCCGACGCGAAAGAGGUCGAGAAAGUCGAUGUGUUCCUUCCUGCGCGAAGUCUGGUACUCCUCAGUGGGAAGCUGUAUGAGGAGUGGUUGCAUGGGAUUCAGCCGCUUGAGGUGUCGGAACCCGAGUCGCUCAGGGGCUGUGCGAAUUGGGAACAGUACUGGGAUAGUCGGCUGGCGGCGUGUGAGGGCGAGGAAGCGAAGGAGGAGGUGAGGAAGGAGCGGGGGAACGUUGAGGAGAAGGGCUGGAAGAGGGAGAAGAGGAUCAGCUUGACGUGUAGGAAGGUCAAGGGGAAGGUCAGGAAGGGAUUGGCGGUUGGCUUGCUCGGCGGCGGGAAGAGGUAG